ACGCGCCAAUUGACCGGCACAGCCAUGCUACGCCCGGCUGCCGCGCCCUGGAGGAGCCUCUGCCGCCCCCGGACGCCGACUGCACACACAUCUUCGGCGGCGGCGGCGCGAUGCAUCAACAUAUCAGCCACCACGUCGCCCUCGGAGCCGGCGCUGCAACAGGCCGUCAGUGUUGAGGGCACCGCCACGCCCUCGCCCAUGCACUCGCCCGACGCCCGCUUCGAGGUGAUUGGGACGCCCUUCUCCCUCCUCUCCGUCUCCCUGUCGGCCUCACAAACCCUCUACACCCGCCGCGGAACCCUCGUCGGCCUCAGCGGCAAGUCGGAAAACACGCUUUCCACCCUCUCCAUCCUCGAGCCCUUCCAAAGAGCCCCCGUCGGCAUUCCCUUUCUCUACCAAAAAGUCUCGUCGACUAGCCCCGUCACAGCGCUCGUCUCGACCAAAAACCCCAUAUCGAGCAUUGUCUCGGUCAACCUGGACGGCAGAGAUGACUGGAUCAUCAGCCAGAGGCAGGCCCUGCUCGCGUGGACGGGGCUCACAUUGCGACUCAAGCCGCAAUACAACGUCAAGCUGGGCCUCGCAAACUGGGGAAACACAUACAUCACCGGCCGAGGCCUGCUGGCCCUCACAGGAAACGGCCAGAUCUACCAGGUCCAAGUCAAGGCCGGCGAGAGCUACGUAGCUCAUCCCAGCAAUGUUGUGGCAUACACAGCAUCCAACACCCCACCCAUGCCCUUCCGCUUCAAGUCGUCAAAUGUCCGCUUUCAAGUCCCAGACCUGGGCUUUGGCUCCAUGAUCCAGAACACCGACUUCUUCCGCAACAUGAGCAAGACUGCCACAUGGCGCGCUCUAGCCACGACCUACUACACCCUCAAGACGUGGCUGCGGAGAACCGUCUGGGGAGACAGGCUCUUCCUCCGCUUCGAGGGUCCCACCACCAUGCUCGUCCAGUCGCGUGCCUCGCGCAUCAGCGACGUUCUGACACUGCGCGAUGUCGAUGAGAUUGCCGACAGUCCCCCUGGCGCCGUCCAAGAUGCAAUCUCCAGGAAGAUCAAGGAGGAAAUCAAGUCGAUAGGCGAAGAGGGCACAAAGGCUCCCAUACCAAACACCGACCCCUCGGGCACAGUGCGACAUCCCACCAUCAAGGAUGGCAAGCCUGAGUUUGAGAAGCCUUCUGUAUAAAUCAACCUCACCAAGCACAUACAGCUUUACCGAAAAUAAUCACAAUCAUGGCACAUGAAUAGUCUUGACCGUAGCUUUGGGUCGCGUGGAUAAAUUUUACAG